UUCUUUCAGUUAGUCAUGGCGCAGACUAGUUCGCACGUGGAUUCCGAAGACACCGUAGAAUAUUGGUUAUUUCCCAACAUAUCCGAAGAUGGUGAUCAAUUACAAGAGCUAGAAGCAUUCAGAACGAGAUGUUUCACCUUUAUUCAAGAUCAAAGUCAAAACUAUAUUUGGCAUGAGGACUCAAUCAACUUGAAAGUAGUCACCAAACGGACAGCUGGAGACAACCCUCCGCAUCUCUACGGGAAAACUCGUUAUGGCUGUAACGUCGAGGAUGAGUGGUUCAUCGUCCACCUGUUUCGCAGCUUCUCCGUGACCGAAAAUGAUGUCGUCAUUAGAAUUGUGGAUUCAGAUGGUGAUUUCUUGCUGGUUGAAGCUGCUGAUAUUCUUCCGCGUUGGGCCAACCCAGAAUCUUGCAUCAACAGAGUCUUCAUUCAUGUUGGCCAAGUUCACAUGAUCAGUAUAGCCGAUCGUCCAUCAAGUAUAACUCCUUUACCGUCAGGCCAGCCUUCACUGAUGGACGCUGUUCAUAUUGUCCGUUCCAUGCCGCACUUGACCAUAGCACCCUCUCCUAUCCAAGAGCCAAUUCGACAACGCAUUGAAAAGUGCGUGUCUCAAAUCGAUUCCAGUCUUCACCGUUGCAAUGUCUUUGUACCUGCUAGUGUUGCCGCUUUGUUACAAUCCUAUCCAACAUUAGUAGCACCAGCGGUUCAUGCAUUCUGUCAGCGCGAUGCCUCUCAACUGCAGGUUAUUCGUGCGAUGCGUUUCUUUCCACCAGAAACCAGAGUAUGGACUUCAGUUACAUUCACAAAAUGUCUGUACGCCAUGCUGGUUCACCGAAACUACCAACCAGAUCAUAGAACUGGUUGGACGUUACCACCUAAUGGCGAUCCCAAACGAACGGGGUCCGAACUUGGCAUGAAACUCGCCGUGGGAUUCGAAUUAUUAGCCAAUGAGGAAUCCCUUCACCAACAAGGAGGCGACUAUUCUUUGGAAAUGGAUUCCCGCUGGAAUCGUUUCCUUAAUACCCUUAAAGAAAAGGGAUUUUUUCAAGAUUUCCUGGAAAGUUCACAACCGUACAAUGAGCUUUUAGAAAAAGCCCGAGAAUUUUAUAUGAACAGCGUGGGUGUGGAAGGUCCAGCGAAAAAACCUGUUAUUCUACGACUGAUGCAAUCCGUUUUUGCCGACAUUGAAAAAUUCAAAAAAGAAGAAGCUCAUUUACCUGCGGAUGAUGAUGAUUCCUGGUUGUCUGUUGAUCCUGCUACCCUUGAUCAGAUCCUUGGCGAUAAAUUUGGUCUGUUAGGAGUCGAUGAUGACGAGGCCAAGGCCGAAAUUUUGCCUAAACUUGAAACCUUCCUUCAUCGGAAGUCAGACUAUGAAGGUCUUACGCCGUCCAGCGGCAGGAAGAAAUCCAGAAAGCUUUCGCACCUCGCCCCGCCCAGCGCCUCAAGGAAGACGUCAACGCUCUCCAACACUUCUGACGUGUCCCAACUCUCUAAUCACAUCGGCUUUGAUCCAGAUUCUUUUGCAUCCGCAAUGCAGGGAAUUCUAGAUUUCGCCUUGCCGGAAGACAAUUGGGAUUUGGAAUCAAAUUCUUCUUCUUUGAGCAGCUACAGUGAAGAAGAAGAGGGGGAAGAGUUAGUCGAUAAGGAGAUGAACAAUUAUAUGCAAACAAUGGAUCAAGAGUUGUUAAGCACAGAUGUCCUUCGUACCUCUGUGGACAACCCUACCCGCAAGGAGUCAGUCAUGAGUGAAGGUUGUGAGAGUUUUAGCGACGUUGAAAAUUUUCAACCCGUAAAAAUAGACUCGGCUGCACUUGAAUCCCUUUUGGCUUCUUAUACAAUGCAGCGUGGUGGACCUGGUCCAGCAUCUAUUUUGUUAAAUCAGUUAAAUCUUCCUAGGAGCCAAAUCUCGGCAAGUAAAAAACAAACCGACUGAGAUUUUGACUCUUGUUGAUUUUUUCUACUCCCGAUUACUUCCAUCUUUCUUUCUCCAAUGUAAUUAUUCUCGAUGUCUCUUCCUCUGCUAUAUGUCCUCUUAUCCAUGCGAUUGGGUGAUUUGAGGUUUAAUUUAUUAUUAUGAUUCGUAUUCAGCCUUUGAUCAUUUUUUUUUCCCUUCUUAAUCUCGGUCCCUCACCUUUUCGAUUCUGACACAUUUCUCAAAGCCAGUCGCUGCUAUCCCUCUGUGAUACACAACGCUCGGUGGAGGUGGUUUGCAUAA